AUCCAAAACACAGGAUUCCAGUGCAGAAAAAAAAAACAAUCGAGUCAUAAACAACGAGCCGUCAUGUUGUCUGACAUGACACCUGACUUCGAGUUGCAUACACACAAGAAAUCUAAUUUGAUUCUACAAUCUUUAAGUUCUUAGUCAAAACAUACAAUAAACAAUUCUACAAUCAACCAGCUAAUGUGCUGAUCGAACUAAGUACUUCUGAGCGAUGAGAAUAGCCUGUAAGCGGUCAAACUCGCGUGCGGGCUAAGUGGACACCGAAGGGGAUUCUCAGGCGGUCUCGAUGAAUAAUAACAGGAUAUGAUAACAUGGCCGUGCAAUCGGACUCUGGCGGGAAGGACGACGUGAAGACCCAGUUCGUGACCCGGGAAGGGACGUAUCGUUUGAUGACACUGUCGGAGUACUCUCGGCCUAACCGUGUUGGCUAUAGCAGUGGGUCAGGCUCGACGCAUGUGCGCGUGUCAUUGGUUUCCCUGCCCCCGGGGCCGGCGGGCGGAGCGCCCGGCUCCGACGGACAGGGCUCCGACGACAGAAUCUGCUUUAAUCACGGGAAAGAGCUCUAUGUUUACGUGUACCGCGGUGUUAAGAAGGCGGCUGAUCUCACAAAGCCAGUGGACAAGAAGAUGUACAAGGGUACCAACCCCACGUGCCACGACUUCAACACUGUCACUAUCACCCCGGAGAGUGUGUCCCUCAUCAUAGGGUUCUCCACGGGGCAAAUACAACUCAUAGACCCCAUCAAGAAAGAGCUGAGUAAACUGUACAACGAGGAGAGAAUGAUAGACAAAACGAGAGUGACGUGUAUCAAAUGGGUUCCGGGAUCCAGUAACCUUUUUAUUAGCGCGCACGCGUCGGGGCAACUGUACGUGUAUAAUGAGGAGCUGACGUGCGGGGCCGCGCCGCCUCACUACCAGCUGUUCAAGCAGGGGGAUGGAUACUCCAUACACACGUGUCGCACUAAGUCAACUAGAAACCCGCUCUAUAGGUGGGUGAUAGGCGCGGAAGGCAGCUGUAUAAAUGAAUUCGCGUUCUCGCCGUGCGGGACGAACCUCGCCGUCGUCUCUCAGGACGGCUUCCUACGAGUGUUCCAUUACGAUACCAUGGAGUUGAUAGGACGAGCGAGAUCGUAUUUCGGUGGAUUUUUGUGUGUUUGUUGGUCCCCUGACGGGAAAUAUGUGGUUGUUGGGGGGGAGGAUGACUUAGUGACGGUGUGGUCGUUUAGUGAAAGACGAGUGGUAGCUAGGGGACAGGGGCAUAGGUCGUGGGUUUCUGUAGUAGCGUUCGACCCUUACGUGGUCAGCUUUACUGAACCAGAACACGAGGAAGAGGACAAGAAAAGUGAAAGUGCUCAGUGCUAUAGACUAGGAAGUGUUUCUCAGGACACGCAGUUAUGUUUAUGGGAUCUCACGGAAGAUGUUCUGAGGCCGCCGGUAAGAGCGCGUGCGUCCGCUCAUUUAUCCCCGAAUAGUCAAAAUUUCUCCCCAAACGGCAUCCCAGGGACUAAAAUUCCCGUUAAAUGCGCGAAGACGAAUAAAAUCGGGCAUAAACACGCAGAAUUAAGUGGUACUGCAUCCGGCGAACCGUCUGGGGCGAAACCUGCGACGAAAACGAAGUCGAACAACGUUUCCACCCUAAACAUCAGCGUUGGAAAGGCUAAGGAAGAAACGUCCGGGUCUUUGGGAGUUAAUUUCACUCAGCGUCUCGCUGGGUUUUCGUUUGGGGAACGCCGCUCGGACCACAGGCGAAACUUCAGCUUGACCAAACCUGCGGAGAAAUCCGCGACGAAUACUGUAGCUUUAAGGGGGAAAGCGGUGACUUCGGAUAGUUUUGACCCGUUGAAACUGAUCGGGACGCCGUCGUGUCCGAGGUUCGACGAGUGCCCUGUGCUAGAACCUCUGGUUUGUAAGAAGAUUGCUCACGAGAGGUUGACAGCGUUAUUGUUCCGCGCGGAAUACCUGAUAACGGCGUGCGCGGAUGGCUGCGUGAACACGUGGGCUCGGCCGGCAAAGGCACAGAACGGGGAGUCGCGGCCGCGGCGCGCGGACAGGAUCGAUCUCGUCGAUUAGGCCUAGCGCCUUAUUGUGAUAGUUUUGAGUGAUUCAUGUAACCCGUUACGUAAUAGUGCUUUCGUAUUUUACAGAUGGUUUUCGUAUUUAAAGUACAAUACGAUUUCUAAACAACUUGAGCUAUGAAAUGAUCGAUUUAUUUGGUUGGUCAAAAUCACUUUUCAAUUGUGUAUAAUGAAAGUGAUGUAACUAUACUCUCCAGAUCUAAUAGAAAACAGUUCAUGUGAAAUAUAUACCACACGUGAGAGAGAUAACAGUCUAAGUUUUUCUUUUAACAGACAAAUUCGCUUACUUUUAAAUUAUACAAAACUGGAACAUACGAAUCUGUAUAAUACGAAAGUUUUAUUAUAACGGGACUUAAUUUAAUUAGUAACGAAUAAAAUAAUAAUAUACAUAGUACUGAUCCCCGUGCAGUCAUAACUAGGUAAAAUAAUUACUAUAACGUAAGAUCACUUUAUUAUACUAUUAUGUACAGCGUGUUAUAAUAACGUUAUUAUUUGUUUGUUGAUAAUGCAAAUAUUAUGUACUUUGUGAAUAUAUGGCAUACAAUAUUCUACGUAUGGAAUGAAAUCAUUAAUUUAACUUAUAUUUAAAGCAAUUUUUUAUAGCUUCUUUCAUUUUCAUUUUGACCACUGUUUUCAAGACUGUUUUAGGGUGUCACUAUGACAUGUUGUUUGGUAUAAGACAAUAUUUAAAUCUGUCUCUGUCCCUCUUUUACUAUAUGAAAGAAAAGGUGACGAAAACAUAUUUAAACCAUUACGUGAAACAACGUCUUGUAGUAACAUUGUUAGAUCCAAGUUUAUUUUAAGUCAAUACUGGAAUUAAGUCAAAAAAAAAAAAAAUUUCUUUACAAAAUUUGAUUAAACCUGUAUGAGCAGUUUGGUGCAAGGUGCAAGUUGGUUUUCAUAGUGAAACUUGCCAAAACUGCCAAAAUAUAAAAUUUAUUCCUUAGUUAUUUGACUUUGAAGAUUAAACAAAAAUAUCCUCAAAAAAUUUCUGUCUUGUACCAAUAAAAAAAAUAGAUUUUAUCUAUAGAAGUUUGUGGUACUAUGGUGUCUUUUGAAAGAGUUGUGAGGUUUUAUGUAACAUUAUUAUUAUUCCAUUUAGGCUGAUUGGGUUGAGUGUGCGCUGGAGUUUUGCUGUACUUCUGAGGUUCCCCAGUCUCUUUAUAAGAUAAUUACGCGAAUCGAAGAUUUUUGAAAUCGAUGAACUGUCUGCCGUCCUAUAUCUGAAAAUUCGUUAACUGCAAAAUUUAGAAAAAAAAUGUUUCUAAAAAGUUUACUACUUAGUUCCAAACAAAAAACUAACUUCACUCGGGUCCUAUGUAGUAGGUAUUAGUUUUGAAAAUUCACACGUUUUUUGGAGAUAAUUAAAAAAUAUUUUUUACAAUCAAUAUGGCUUUUUAGCUAUAGGACUAAAAAGCUGUUUGUUUACAAAAAAUAUUUGUUGAGUUAUUGACAAAAAACGUCGGAAUUUUCCAAAAGUAAUACUUCUAAAAAGGAAUGUUAUGUAGAACCAAGGUUUUUAGUUAGGUCCUACGUACCAUUCUUUUAUAAAAACAAGUUUUUAAUAUAUAUGUAUUUUUUGCAGUUAUAGGAUGGCAGUGCGUUGCUGCUUAAUGGGUUUAUCAAUGUAUUGAUUAUAUUACAAAAAUAAUAAAAAAUCCUUUUUUAUCGAUUGUAUUCGAUCAUUUAAGCGAUUCAGUAAAUCAAUGGUAUUUAAUUAAUUAAUCGAUUUCUACGACACAUUUUAUAAAUUAGGUAUUUAUUUAUCAGAGUACAUCUACUUGUAUUUACUCUGCUUGACUCUGAAAUCCUAAUAGCGUGUAAGUUAGAUGAUUUUUUACAGAUAGGUUAACAACUAGAUCUUAAUAUCAUCCUAAUGCCUUUUUUUUCAUAAAAAUUAGGACUGUAACAUGAGACUAUAAUAUAAAAAAAGAAGAAUCGAAAGAUAAAUAAAUAAUCGAAUAAUAUUCCAUAGAAAUAUCGAUUGCGAAUUUUUUUCGUGAUUGGCUUUACAGUUUUGGGUUCUAGUCUUUUAUUUAACUUCAAUUUAUGGAAUUAGGAAAGCAAACAGUAGUAGUAACAUUAAUAUUGCCUAGGUAUACAACUUUACCUAAGAGAUGAUCUAGGAGAAAUAUAUAGUCUAGAUUCAGAAGUCCAGCAAAGCCUCGGUUAAGAGAAUAAUGGUUGGGUUUAUAUAGCAAUAGCGUCGAGAUUGUACUGUAAACUGUAUAGACAAGUGUAUAUUGUAACUGUAACGCGUUUCUUUCCGGCUCACAUGUAAAUAUAGGUGUAGGUUUAAUGGCAAUCACAGAUUGCUUGCUUUUACGUCACUUAAAAAAAAUACGAUACUACUUAUGACUACUAAAAACAUAUUGACAUUUUAAGCAGGAAGCUCUUUAGCACGAAAAUUGGGCCUAUUCCGUUUAUCCUCCCUAAAACCCUAGGGUGUGUUUAGAAAAAAAUAAGUGACGUAAAAGCAGAAUAAAAUAAACAACGUGGGCCUUUUCGGUGUCGAACUUUAUUUAUUUUUACAUUUUAUUCGAUUCGAAACGUUGAAUCGAACUGACUCGUCUCUGAGACUUUAUUGUUGUCGAUUUUUGUAAUUAUAUUAUACUUAAAUGACUUUAUUGUUGAUUUAUCAUUUUAGCUGUCAUUUAUCUUAUCUAUGGACUACCCUCGUCGCCUUUUAUAAA